CUAAUAACUGUCACGUGAAUAGAGGCUCCGCGGGGAGUCUUGGCAGCCGUCACAAGAUCGGAGCCGCGCCCAGAUCAAGGCUCAGCGGGUCAUCAUUCUCACCUCCAGCUCUUUUCCACUCGAACGCAACAAGACAUUCACUGAUCUCGGUUGUCAUCACUCAGAUCUUAAAAUCUUAAAAUUAGAAUAACAAAGCAUCCACUUCAGCCUUUGUGGUUACGCGCCAUGGCAGACGUACGAUCGUUGCUGCGCAAUGAGCUCGCCUCCCGAAGGGGUACUUCACAAGCAGGCCCCUCAAAAACGCGACUCAACAAGAAGCGCAAGGUUGAUGCUGACGACAAUAUUACGCGCAAGAAGCUAAGGCCUGCUGGUUCAGGUGCUGCGCGAUUACCACCAGAUACGGGAAAAGUUGAACCUCCCAGCGCAGAGGCUUUCAAGGACGAAGAAUUGGGGGAAGAAGAAGAACAUGCUGGAGUCGAGCCUCCGCCAGAGGACACGGAUCUCGAAGCGCGUGAUACAAGUGAUACUGCAGCGGCAGGUCAAAGUAACCAGGCCAUUGACGAGGAUGAGUGGGCAGCCUUCGAACGCGAAGUAGCCUUGCCGACACGCGUACCUCAAGCUACUAUACCUGCUGCUGCCGCAGCAGCUCCGACAAUCUCAGCAGCACCGAUGACCGCGGAGGAAAUAGCCGCGCAAGAAAAGCAAGACAAUGAAUCAAUAGCACGCGCGCGGGAAGCGGAAGCAGAGGGGGAGCGUGAGGACGCGGCCCGGUUCCUCGAAGAAGAGUUUGAUGAGAUGGAUCAGUUGGAAGAGCGAGUGAGACGAUUGAAGCAGAAAAGGGAAGAGCUAAGACAAAAGAAGGCAGCAGAUGAGGAAGAGGCGAAGGCCCUGUCUAGCGCGCCUUCCGGGGAACAGAGACGAGACCAAGCCGGGGCUGAGAGCGAAAGUGACGAGGAUGACGAUGAUUGGGAUGAUUGGAGAUUCAGGUAGUUAUGUCAGGGCUGGAUGAUUUCCUUUACGCCAUGUAAUAGUACUAUAUUGAUACCCCUGUGAAAGUAUCCGAGUGUAUUGGGCAGAAAAGUUGGAUGGCUGGCAUGUGCUUUGCUACAGCCCGCAAAUGCGAGUAU